AUGCAAGGCCGCGAGGCCAAGCAUGUAACUCUGUCAUCAUUUGCACGUCAUGCAACACUCUCAACUCGGUGGAGCUUAGUCAUGCGCCAUGAGUACAUCAGCUCUAUCUGGCUUAGGAAAAUUGACCCGUUUCAUUUUCGGUAUGCCAAGUGUAAGGAUAAGUACGUACCAAAAGAAGCUCAUCUCCCUGAGUUUUGUUAUUGUGGUUUUAAACUAGAUGAAAAUAAAGCCAAAUGUUUUUGCUGUUCCUCAAGCCUUUAUGAGGCUGUUUCUAGAUCUGCAGAGAAAGGAGAACUUGAUGAUGAAACCUGCAACAUGCUUAGUGUAUCUUCAUAG